GUGAAAUUUCUAUUAUAACACACCGUAAUAUUAAUAAAAUUAUAUAUCUAUUCUUAUUUUAUACUUAUUUCCAUCUACAAAGUUCAAAUACAACCCAACAAAUAUGUCUAAAGAUAUGAGUGGAUUCGAUGUGUCGAUUUGUACUACGAAGUGUAAGGUAUUGAUUUUUCCUAAAUUUUGUAAAUCUUUUUGUUCACAUAUAUUAACUAUAAAUUGUUUCUAUUUACCAUUGUUUAGAGAUGGCAGUGGUGCCCACUCAGCCUUAGCAGGGACAGGGACGGAGCUGAUUAUUUUGCCAUCUCUACCGUUAGGAAUCUUAUUAAUAAUAUCAUUUACAUUACAAUUCAAUUAGAUAGUUAACGUAUAUUAUCUUAUCACUGUCAACGUAAUUGUCAAUAAAAAAAAAAGAAUAGAAAGGACCCAUUUAUGGGUUGAGAUAAGCUUGAACUAAAAGUGAUUUAGGCUUUGCUCUACGACCAAACAUUUAAUAAACUAUACAAGAGUCUUCACUUGAGCGUACUUAGCAUCAACAACAGAAAUUUUUUAUUUUUUCUACUUUUAAGUUCAUUCGAUUUGAUUUCAAAUCAUCAUUAAAAUUUCGAAACAUAAAUAUAGUGUUUUACAACACUUUAACUUAUUUUAAAAUUAUUUCGAAAACGAGACCAAACCGACAAUUUUGAUAGUUAGUCUAAAUGUUAUAAAUCUUGUUUUCUUGUUUGUGUUUGUAUGAAGUUUCUUUGAAGAAUAAUUGGUGCUUUUUCAGUUUGAACCUAAACUUGGGCAAAGUUCUUCCAAAAGCGGAAGAAAUGCUUUUCACCAUGCAGCGACAUUCGACAUAUUCCAUUCUAUCAAUGGAGUAAUUUUCAGAACAUCAUUAAAAGAUAAAGUUACUGGUAAACUAGGAAUCAUCCACUAUAUAUAUUUAAAUUUAAAGAAGUGAUUUACAACAUCUAACAAUCAUAAUUAACAAAAUACUACAACAGCAAAAUGCAAACUUUAUUUCCAUUUUCCUUCGACAAAUAAGCAAAACAACUUGUAAAUUUGAGAUCCAUACAAAAAAGGAAAAAUUAAAAAUGAACUAGGACUUAUUUUAUAAUAGAUAUGAUAUUGAUGAUAUGAAUAUUUUUUUCAUCACUCCAACUCAAAGGGAGAAUCAAGAGUACUUAGAAAAUAAUCCCAGGGUGAUGAAUGAUGAUGCGGCGGUGGUGGUGACACUGACGGAUGUAAGGGCCAGCCCCUUUCAUUUUUUUACUUUAAAAAAUUUUAAAAUUUUUUUUAAUUUUAAAAAAAAUUUUGUGUAAUUUUUUAUUUUUUUUACGUGUUAGCCCAGUUUGUACUCCAGUCCUGGAUCCGUUCUUGGGUGGUGAUGGUGAUUGCCAGGAUUCUAAAAAAUCCCACGAAGGGGAUGGUGGCCAGUAGGGUUCUAAGUACUGUGAAUGUGGGGGUGGUGAUAGUGGUGGUGAUGGUGAUUGGCAAGGUUCUAAAAAAUUCGACGAAUGGGAUGGUGACCAGCGGGGAUCUAAAGACUGCGAAUGUUGGGGUGGUGAUAGUGGUGGUGGAGGUAGCCAGGAUUCUAAACGAUUCCUCGAAUGGGAUAGUGGUGGUGGUGGUGGUGGUGGCGGCGGUGUCGGUGAUGAUGGUUGAGAGGGUUCGAAAAAAUAAUUCCACGACGAAUGAGAUAGUGGUGGUGGUGGUGAAGGUUGAGAGGGUUCGAAAAAAUAAUUCCACGACGAAUGGGAUAGUAGUGGUGGUGGUGGUGGUGGUGGUGGUAGUGGUUGUUCUAAAUACCUGAGUUUGUAAAGAUUUUUCUUACUAGUAAUGGUAUCAUUUUCUUUGUAGUAAAAAUCUUGAUAAAGCAGUGAGGACCAAAGAGAAUCUUCACCUGAGAGUUUAUAAAGGAACUUACAGGUGAGUGAAAGCCGACACAAAUCUUCGAAAUCCAUAGCCGACUUUUCAACUCCGAUCUCCAUUAUUCUUCUCCACAUGUCCUCCGGCAGUUCAGACAUUCUUUUCUUCUG